UAAGAAUUCCAAUGAUAUGAAUACAUGGAUGUCAAAAACAUUAUCUUAUCUUAUAGAGAUAUUCUUACAACAUAUUCACCACUCAUUCAGCAACCAUAAUUUUCUUUUUCACAACCAACUUGAGAAAAAUCUACAAAGAAAAAUAUUAACCACUCAUUCAUCAACCAUAAUUUUCAUUUUGCAUAUAAACACUCACAAAAGAGUUGUAAUUCAGCUUGGUUGCAUCUUAGGCAUGGCCACUACUCAUGCAGCUUUAGCUUCUACAAGAAUUCCCACAAACACAAGGUUUCCAUCUAAGGCAUCUCACAAUUUCCCAACCCAAUGUGCCUCAAAGAGACUUGAGGUGGCUGAAUUCUGUGGACUAAAAUCAACAUCAUGCAUUACCUAUGCCAAUAAUGCUAGAGACUCUUCCUUUUCUGAUGUUGUAGCUGCACAACUCACUUCCAAGGCUGCCGUUGGAUCAAUUCCUGUGAGGGGAGAGACUGUGGCUAAGUUGAAGGUAGCAAUCAAUGGUUUCGGACGCAUUGGUAGAAAUUUCCUCAGAUGCUGGCACGAACGAAAGGACUCGCCCCUUGAAGUAAUUGUUGUCAAUGACAGUGGUGGUGUCAAGAAUGCUUCACACUUGUUGAAAUAUGAUUCGAUGCUCGGAACUUUUAAAGCAGAUGUGAAAAUACUAAAUAAUGAGACCAUUACAGUUGAUGGUAAACCCAUCAAGGUUGUCUCUAGCAGGGAUCCUCUUAAGCUUCCUUGGGCUGAGCUUGGAAUUGACAUUGUUAUUGAGGGAACAGGAGUGUUUGUGGAUGGCCCUGGUGCUGGAAAACACAUCCAAGCAGGUGCUAAGAAAGUUAUCAUCACUGCACCUGCAAAGGGUGCUGAUAUUCCAACUUAUGUUGUUGGAGUAAAUGAACAAGACUAUGGUCAUGAUGUAGCUGACAUCAUAAGCAAUGCUUCUUGCACCACAAACUGUCUUGCUCCCUUUGUGAAAAUCCUGGAUGAAGAGUUUGGAAUUGUGAAGGGAACCAUGACAACCACGCAUUCCUACACAGGAGACCAGAGGCUUCUGGAUGCUUCACAUAGGGACUUGAGAAGAGCCAGGGCUGCAGCACUGAACAUUGUCCCCACCAGCACAGGAGCAGCCAAGGCCGUGUCUUUAGUGCUGCCGCAGCUCAAGGGAAAGCUCAACGGAAUUGCCCUCCGUGUGCCGACACCCAAUGUUUCAGUUGUUGACCUUGUGAUCAAUGUUGCGAAGAAGGGUAUUUCAGCUGAAGAUGUCAAUGCAGCAUUUAGAAAGGCAGCUGAGGGGCCACUGAAAGGUGUGUUGGAUGUGUGUGAUCUUCCGCUAGUGUCUGUUGACUUCCGCUGCACUGAUGUUUCUUCAACUAUUGACUCUUCCUUGACUAUGGUCAUGGGAGAUGAUAUGGUGAAGGUGGUUGCUUGGUAUGACAAUGAAUGGGGUUACAGCCAAAGAGUGGUGGAUUUAGCACAUCUAGUAGCAAACAAAUGGCCAGGCACCCCUCAAAAAGGUAGUGGAGACCCAUUAGAGGAUUUCUGUGAGACAAACCCGGCCGAUGAUGAAUGUAAAGUUUAUGAAUAGAGGAUGAUCAUUUUCUGACUUGAUUAUUACCUCUACCAGCAAGCCAUUUGUUUUUUCCUUUUUGUUAAUGUAUUAUAUCAUUUAAAUGAGAAAGAAGAACAAAUUUGUUAAGACAGACACUGUGUUAUGUGAUGUCUGGGAGAUCAAGACUAAGUUUAAAUUUAUCUGUGGUCAAUAAUGAGUUUUUCUGUAACAAUGAUUCUUAAUUAUCAUUAUGUAUUUAUAACAAUGCACUUCUUCUGAUA